AUGGCUGAAUUGCAAGCGACAUCAGUUUCUCAAGAAGCCUUGUCAGUCGCCCAGUUGGAGUUAGGAGGAAAUCCAAAUGCAUUAGCACUUCGAAGGCCGUUCGAUCCUGUGGCACAUGAGUUGGACGCUUCUUUCCGUCUGACACGUUUUGCUGAUCUAAAAGGAUGAGGGUGUAAAGUCCCUCAGGAGGUUCUUUCCAAACUCCUAGAGGGACUUCAGCAAGAUGACAAUAAUGCCCAGGACGAACAUGCCCAUUUCAUGCAUAUGGCAAUUCCGCGAAUUGGAAUUGGCAUGGAUUCCUCCGUAACUCCUCUGCGGCAUGGUGGUCUGUCUCUUGUUCAGACAACAGACUUCUUCUACCCCCUGGUUGAUGACCCGUACAUGAUGGGCAAGAUUGCAUGUGCUAAUGUGAUCAGUGAUUUGUAUGCUAUGGGUGUCACCGAAUGUGACAACAUGUUGAUGCUUCUGGGAGUAUCGACAAAGAUGACCGAGAAGGAACGAGAUGUCGUCGUACCUCUCAUCAUGAGAGGAUUUAAGGAUUCUGCUCUUGAAGCUGGAACCACAGUGACUGGCGGACAGACGGUUGUGAAUCCGUGGUGUACAAUUGGCGGUGUAGCUUCCACCGUGUGCCAGCCCAAUGAAUACAUUGUCCCAGACAAUGCUGUAGUGGGUGAUGUUUUGGUUCUCACUAAACCAUUGGGAACCCAAGUAGCCGUAAAUGCUCACCAGUGGCUUGACCAACCAGAAAGAUGGAACCGAAUCAAAUUGGUCGUCUCCGAGGAUGACGUCCGCAAAGCAUACCAGCGGUCAAUGGAUUCGAUGGCGAGAUUGAACAGAAUAGCGGCUAGAUUGAUGCACAAAUACAAUGCUCAUGGUGCUACUGAUGUGACUGGCUUUGGGUUGCUUGGACAUGCCCAAAACCUGGCAAGGCAUCAGAAGAAUGAAGUGUCAUUCGUGAUCCACAACUUGCCUGUGAUAGCCAAGAUGGCUGCUGUGGCAAAAGCUUGUGGGAAUAUGUUUCAGCUUCUUCAGGGCCAUUCUGCAGAAACAUCGGGUGGUCUGCUUAUCUGCCUACCAAGAGAGCAGGCUGCUGCAUACUGCAAGGAUAUCGAGAAGCAAGAAGGGUAUCAGGCUUGGAUUAUUGGCAUUGUUGAGAAAGGAAAUAGAACAGCUCGGAUUAUUGAUAAACCGCGUGUGAUUGAAGUCCCUGCGAAGGAAAAGGAUGGGGAACUGUGGUAGGGGGAGAACAGUAAUAGAAUCGUGCAUCUCGAUCGCCAAGUACCGAAUGCAGUUAUGAAUAUCUCUAGGAAAUUAAACUGAUACAGCGUGGAACAGUGAGCGCAUUAAGAGUACGCCCAAAGUAAAUGGUUCUCUGGGAAAAAGUACAGUGCUUCUUGAUGCUUACGUGUACUGAAUUGCUAGAAGUAAAUUGCAUUACUUUGCAAAGUGAUGACUUUGAUAUGUAUAUAACAGCAUUGAAUGAGAUCAGAUGAAAUUUGGUAUUUAGUUAAUCCGUUAUGAAUGUCCAGUUAUUCGUCGCUGUUUUAGGUUUUACAGUAUCAUUUAGUGCCAUAUACCUGGGAUGUUCUUUUGCAUCUUCGGCAUUUCCGCAUUACAGCAAGCGUAUUUGUAUCUUACGAAAUGAAGUAUCCAGUUUAAUCGUCUGUACGUACGUGUAUCGUUUGAGUCUGUUCUCUUGCCAGCAAUAUUAUAGGGCAUGAAUGUGAGAAAUCGUGCAACGUUAAACUACACCAACAUUUUAUAUGACCUUUUGCCUAAUAAAAACAUUUUUAUAUCUGUGAAAUGUGAUGCUGUUGUCUUGCAAAUUCUUUUCAGUUACAGAUUUUGCAUGGUAAGUAAUAUUAAUUAAACAGUAAUUUCAGCAGAUUAAUAUUUAAAAUUAUUUUUUUUUAAACUUAGGUUGCUCUAUAAUAGUGAAUUCAAUCUUAAACAUUGUUCAGAUAAAUUCCAGCGUCCGCUUUGCGAGUGUUUUAAAUUAGACGUUCAAAAUUCCUAGUGGGAUGGGACAAAAUAAUUUCAUUAAGGAUUAUAUUGCAAAUUACAUCUCAAGAGUUUUGUUACACAUAUAAAGAAACUGUUGCAUUGUUUUGUUUUAAUGGUGUAGUUUGGAGUAACGCAUUUUAAUUAAUAUGAGUUAUCAGCUCGCUAGAUGUUAUAUUAUGCUAGAAGGGCAAUACUUUGGUAAUGCCUUAGCCUUCUUUACCUAUCAUGUCUCUGCAUACCAUUAAAUUAGUGAACACAUCAUUUGGUAUGUAAGAUUUGAGGCUUUCACAGCGGCGAGUAUGAAGAUUUCUGUCUUGUGGGUUGCGCUCUGUAAUCUGGUAGAUGUGUACCAACGUUUCAGAUGAAUCGCCCUGAUGACGGAGGCAGUACGACCUCUGAAACGUUGGUUGACAUCGACCAGACUACACAGCGCAACAACCCAGAAGACAGAAAUCUUCACUAUAUUCAUUAGUUUGAGAUGAACUGUGUGAUCUGCAGAGUAGUCGACCGCUGAUCAUGUUUUAACUUUUAAAUAUUCAGCACAUUCCUCGGAUGUAUACCGUGGUAAAUGGCUUAUUACAAGGGUAUUGUAUAGGAGUCCGUUGAGUAUAAAAUUAAUUUGUUUUGUGGUUUGGUUUAUUAGAAUGGAAAACUAAAUGUGAUUAAUUUCUAAAACGUGUAGAUACUGUUCAUUUUAAGUAUGUGUUUUAGGCUGUCAUAUGAUAUCAGAAUUUAAGAAGUCAUGUUCUCCGCCAUGUGUGGAAUGUACUUUGUGCAAAGAAUGUGUAAGAAGUGUUAAAUUUAGUGUCCAUAGUAACAUGCUUCAUUUAUGCAUUUUAAUGUGUAAAAAAAGUUGUUUAGAUGAUUUUAAUUAAUCUUGUAUAUUCCACAAUUUAGAAAAUACUUGGCUGUUUUAAGAGAACUAUUUAUAAGCCUUCAUUUGUUCUGCAACAUUCUAGUUUUUGCUAAAUGUGAUGACAAAGAUUGAAUAGAGGGCCCUAGACACUAAAAUCACAAGCCAAAAGUAAAAUGUGAGGAAGCACUGUACUCUUUAUAAAUUACUUGUAUUAGUUAAAAGACUUAAUUGGUUUCAAGUUGACGGUUUAGAUGUUUUAUACACUCGAUUAAGCAACAGCUUGCAUGAAUAGGACUGGUUAAUCAUAUAUUUAUUGCCCAGAUGCAGAAUUUUUCAUUGUAGGUGAUUAUAACGAUCAUUGGAUGGUAUUUUGCUGGCUGUCGUACAUAUUGAAUACAAACAUGUUGCCUUAUUUCUUUGUACUUUUUGUUUUGCAAGAAGCUUUUGUAGAAUCCAAACGAGCCUAUAUUAUACUGAAUCCAAUGAAAUGGCUGGUUGCAGUUAAUUAUGCCACUUAACUGAAUAGUUUCACACUUUUGUAUGUAGUCAGUGAUAUUCUGUAAACGUUCAGAAAAUGUUUAUGUUCAAAAUUAAUACGUUAAGUAAAGUGUAUUUUUCAAGAUGUAAUUUGGAAAGCUUUAAAUUUUGUUUAUAAAAUGUUUCAAAAGUGAUUAUAGUUUAUUCUUCCAUUAGUGCUGUUCAUACUGUAUUUAGUAUAGUAAAUUUUAUUUUCCUGUAAGAUGGUGAAUGUGAGAUCAAGUAAAUUAUUUACUUUUUAUAGUUGUUCUUUGUUACUGAAGUGUACAGUUUAAUAUCCAUUGCAAGCAGAAUAAUGUAACUUUAAUAUUUCACGCUAUAUUUGUAUUUCUUCCCGCCAUAUCAGUGAGAAGGCGAAUCUCUUGACUAGCUGAGCUUAGAUUAGCUUCGCAAGAAUGACUAUAGAGUUGCUAGUUGAUUCAUACCAAUGAAAAGUCAUUUAUGGCUGUAUUGCUCUGCAGUUCUUGAAAUGAAUUUGUGAACGAAUAGGACAGUACUAAAGAAGGUUCACUGGUCAGCCAGUUGAGUUCUUAAUAUUUUAGAAAGCACGUGUAUUUGUAAGUGGUGUAAUAGCUCGUUUUAGCAUGUGUUAGAGAAGUGUUUUAAAAUUGUUUUCAGUACUGAAUUUAUGUAAAUAUAAUUCACAUAGAUAAGUCUGAUGGCUCCAGGGAGUUAUUUAACGGGAAUGUUAUGUUCAACAUUGUCCAUUGUCUCUGGGUAUAUUUACCAUGCGCAUUUUGGAACUUUGCUGUACUCCUGUCUACGUGUGAUUGGUUGUUACUAUACUGACAGAUUUUAAAAAAAUUAUUCUUAUUGCUCAGCUAAGCUAGAAAGUUCCCUUCCCUUGAUAAAUGGUAUAUCUUGCCUUCGAAACUGCGUCUGCACAUAAAAAUGAGGGUGAAAUUGUCUUCUGCUGCUCAUAAGUUUUGAACACCAGAUGCUGAUUGAUUACAUUUAAUUUUGGGUUCAUUUUAGUGUUAUACAAAAAUAAUGAAGAUUCAUAACAACAACAAAAUUUACACAGUUUUGUUUUUUUCUGAAUCCUGAAGCGAGUCAUACCAGAAUUCUAAAGUAUAUUUUUGUGAUUUGGACUAAGUAAUUUUGCCAGUGUAUGUUUUGUUUUUCAGAUAUUUUUGUGUAAAACGUCCAGUUUGAAAGGAAAGUAUGGUACAGUAGUGUGUAAAUUGUUUUAGAAAAUACAGCUAUCUUAAGGCUUGGCUUCCCUUUGCAUCUUGCCGCUUGCUCAUUAGACCCCUGUUUCUUGUUCCAGUGCAUUUUUAGUUACAUAAUUUUGAGCUUAGAACUUUGAAAUAUGUUAACAAUAUAUUAAAAACACAUUCCUCAAUAUAUUGUGUUGUAUUAUGUAAUAAUUCUUUUAUAUCCCAGCCCAAAAAUAUUUAUUUCACAUGUUGAGGUUAAAGUGCUCAUUUAAGAAAUUAUAUGCGGUAGCAUAAAUUUUGGAUGGAAUUACGGAUGAUACUCUGUUAUGUAGCCAGGUAAUUAUUUUUAAUCAUAUCAGUUAGGUUAUGAAUCAGAGUAGGUAAAACUGUCAAGUCCUAUUCUGAAGAUGUUUUGUAAUUGACUGAUUAAGAAUAAUAUUCUGGCUAAUCUGUCUCAGUAAUCUGAUUUUCAAUAUAAUCCUUGCUUUAUUCUAAUCACACUAUUUUGAUCAUGGGUAAUGCAGUAUUAUCCCAGUGGCUAGCAUUUGUUGGUCCAAAGAUUUAUUAUUAUUCAGUACUUGCUAUUUCUGUGCACAUUUGAAUUAAAGAGAGUAGUUCCAAAACUCAGCCCAUGUAACAAAUGUUGGGGGAAAUUUACCUUUUUGUGUUAGUAACUAGUCAAUAAAUACAUUUGGUAUGAAAAGUGCUAACACUUUGUAAACUUAAGAAAAUUAAUAUUGAGGUAAUGUUCAUCUAGUGGAAUUGUACACAUAACAAAUAGAAAAACGUUUUUGUCAAAAAUAGUUUAAUAAUAUUUUAUACCAACAUAGUAUCUGCAGAUGUCUUAUCUAAUGAGAUUUGUAUUAUUAUAAACAAAAAAUAAAUUAUACUGAAUUCAUUGU